UCGGCACGCCGUGGUGCCGCAACACUAGCUCGAUCCAAAACCCUCGCCGUCGACCUCGUCGCCACCGACCAUGGAGGCGCAGACCGACGCCGCCCCCGGCGGCGGCGACGACCUCGCGGCCAUGCGCGAGCAGUGCCGGACCCUGGAGGAGUCCAUCACCGCCCGCCGGGAGGCGCAGCUGGACCUCAUCGGCUCCCUGCAGCACCUCGUCCCGGACCUGGUGCCCUCCCUCGACCAAUCCCUCCGCCUCGUCGCCGCCUUCAACGGCCGCCCCUUCGUCCCCACGCUCUACCCCAACGCCAGCGGCCACGCGCAGAGCGCCAGCCUCAAGCCCCACCACCGCCGCGCCCUCCCCGACCCGGCCCGCUCCACCCGCCGCAAGACCUCGCCGGGCUCCUCCCCGGCCUCCGCCGCCGCGGGGGGCGCGGGCGUCGGUGGCGGCAUCGACGCCGUGCGCACCAUGGUUGCCGUGUGCCUCCUUGAGCUCGUCCCCUUCGCCGAGAUCGACGCCGCAGCGCUCGCGCGCCGCCUGCAGGCGGAGACGUCGUCGGCCAGCGAGGCCGAGCGGGCGGCUCUUGCCGACCUUGCUGCGGAGCUUGGGGGAUCCGCGCACGCUGCGGUUGCCCUUGCGCUCCGCCGCAUCGCGGAAGACAGCGGCGCAUUGCAGAUCGAGGAGGCCAUCAUUGGGGGCAAGCAGAUGAUGAUGGUCUGGGCCAUUGACCGGAGCAAACUCCUCAAAGAGCUGCCUGAAUCCGCCUCUGUUCCCCAAGCCCAACCUCCGCCAACUCCACAGGCGGCCCCGUCCGAGACUGAUGCUAACAGCGCCAUCAUACCGAGGCCUCCGCCACUGCAGCAGCCGGAUAUGUGGGGUCAUCCAAUGCCACCGAUGUUUCCACGCCCCAGGGGCAUGGGGAUGCCUAGGAUGCCACCAGGGUUGAUGCCGCUGCAGCGGCCGUUCAUGCCGCCAGGGGCAGUUAUGCCAAUGGGUGGUGGUCCGGGGCCAGGCCCCAAUCAGCUGAAGCAGAGGACAGAGGAGGAUGACCUUAAAGAUCUUGAGCUGCUGCUGAACAAGAAGACAUAUAGAGAGAAACAGAAUACGAAGACUGGAGAGGAGCUGCUGGAUCUCAUCCACCGGCCUACAGCAAAGGAGACGGCUGUCGCUGCAAAGUUUAAAACAAAGGGUGGUUCCCAGCUAAAGGAAUAUUGUACCAAUUUAACUAAGGAAGAUUGCCGACGCCAAACAGGUUCCUUUGUGGCCUGUGAUAAGGUCCACUUUCGGCGUAUUAUUGCUCCACAUACUGAUACAAACCUAGGAGAUUGCUCUUUCCUGGACACAUGCCGUCACACAAAGACUUGCAAGUAUGUCCACUAUGAGCUUGAUCAAACACCAGAUGUACCUCCAAUGAUGGCUGGUGCCCUUGCGCCUCCUAGGCAAAUAAAGCCUCAGAGAGCUGAAUAUUGUUCAGAAAUAGAACUAGGAGAAUCUCAAUGGAUAAACUGUGACAUUCGGAACUUCAGAAUGGACAUCUUAGGACAGUUUGGAGUAAUUAUGGCAGACCCCCCCUGGGAUAUUCAUAUGGAGCUGCCGUAUGGCACAAUGGCUGACGAUGAAAUGAGGACGCUUAAUGUUCCAGCUUUGCAAACUGAUGGUUUGAUUUUCUUAUGGGUCACUGGUCGUGCAAUGGAACUUGGGCGUGAAUGUCUGGAGCUCUGGGGUUACAAGCGCGUUGAAGAAAUUAUCUGGGUGAAGACCAAUCAACUUCAACGUAUCAUCCGAACUGGCCGCACUGGCCAUUGGUUGAAUCACAGCAAAGAACAUUGUCUUGUUGGAAUUAAAGGAAACCCUUUAGUGAACAGGAAUAUAGAUACUGAUGUUAUUGUUGCUGAAGUCCGUGAGACUAGCAGAAAACCUGAUGAGAUGUAUGCCAUGCUAGAACGGAUAAGCCCAAGGACAAGGAAGCUGGAACUGUUUGCGAGAAUGCAUAAUACACAAGCUGGAUGGCUAUCUCUGGGUAACCAGUUAAAUGGAGUAAGGCUUGUGGAUGAAGGGUUGAGAGCAAGGUACAAGGCUGCUUACCCUGAUGUGGAUGUCCAGCCGCCAUCACCUCCCAGGACAAGCGUGCCAGCCGAUGUUGAGCAAAGUAGUUCACAGAAGGCUGCGCCGCCAGAUGGUGGUGAGAGGCCUGCCUGAUGCUAGCAACCUUACUUCCAAGUGCCUGGCUGUACUUCGUAUAGUUUUAUCUCUGUUACCGUUACAUUUGUUGUAAAAUUAGGCAGCUCGGUUGUAUUUUGUUACAGAAAAAGAGGCCAGAGGAUUGUCAUAUGUGUCGACAGAUAUCGGAUGAAAGGAGUACGUAGCACUCUAACAGCCCCAGCUUUAUCACCACCAAUGUAAUCAAGGGCUUGUUAUCAGCCCCAUCUUGUUUUCCAAAUUCAAAGUGCAUGUGUAUGGCAAAAAAAAAUUUGAAGGAAAAUCUUCUCUUUUCUGAGGGCA